GGCGCGGCGGCGGCAGUUGGGACCGGCGCCCUGACCCGUCAGCACGCGCUAUGGAGCCGUCGCGGCCGGACGAGGUGGCGCGCCUGACGCCAGCCAGCGCGGCGCCGUCGCCCCUGGUCGGCAUCCAACACCCGGGCCGCAGGAAGACCUCGCUGCCGGCGCUGUUCCUACACAGGAAGCUGAGCCACACGCCGACAGCGGCGGCGGGCGAGAGCGCGGCCGCGCCGUCUGCGCACCAUCACGCAAACGGCAGUGUCGGAGAGGCGCUCAAGAGGAUCAAGAAGGUCGUGUUUGCGUCCAUCAGUCACGUGCACCAUGAGAGCGAGCCGUGCCCGGUGCCGACGAUCCUGCCCCCCGACUCGCCGUCGCCGGUGCGACCGGCGCCCGUCGGUGACGGCGAUCGGACGUCGCCGCCGACGACGGCCGCCGCCACCGACACCUCCGUCCUGCUGCGGUCCAGCCCCGGCAGGGACCGCGACCGGGACCGCGAGCGGCACAACACCGAACGGAGCGUCGAUAGGUCCGUCGACAGUCGGUCAGAGAUGGAUUUCUACCUGGACUCAGACGAUGAAGACAACAACAGCCGCACCUCGACGCUGCUAACUCAGAGUAGAGGAGGUGGACGGAGGAGCGCAGGAUGCGACUCGCUGGUAGUGAUCAUCAGCGCGCUGUACUGCAAGCUGCUGGUGGUGAUCGGGCUGGCGUUCCCCCUCUCCGAGGUCAUCUCGUCCAACAUCCCGCCAUUCUACUACGAGGUCAGCGAGGUGUUCUACAUCUACCUGUACAGCUGCAGCAUCCUGUUCCUGCUGUACGUGUACAUAUUUCUGCUGAAGGACGCCACCGUCACGGAUACCGCCGGAUCCACGUCGAAACUAUCGCGGCUCUCCAGCGCCAGCAUGAGCCGAAUCGGUCGUCUGUUGCGGAUGGACUCCCGGACGUCAGCCGCCGGUGACCCGGAGACGGCCAGUCAGAUCAGUCGUACCUCCCAGCACAAACCCUACAUGGUGCUGGUGGCCAGCUACGGCAGCUUCUACCUGCGCAUGGGAGCCGUCUUGUUCGGCAUCGGCAGUAUGAUCUACUCGGGCCUCGAGAUGGGCCAGUACUUCGAGGUGCCCCACACCGCCGAGUGCAGCAACGUACUGCGCGCCGUCACCCCCGGACUGAGGCUUACGUUCAUCUUUAUUCAGAUGUACUUCGUCUUCCUCAAUGCCAGCAUGUCGAUCAACAAGCACAAGCUGCUGGCGCGGUUCGGCCUGAUGCACAUGGUGGGCACCAACCUGUGCGUCUGGCUGAAGGUGGUGAUCCAGGAGACCAAGCACGAGCUGGUGCACCUGCUGAGCGUCUACGAGCUCGGCGGGGCAGGUCACCACGACCGGCACCGGCGCGGCGCCGGAACCAGUGUCAACGCCACCGAUCACCACAGUCCGCCGGCUGCGACGACUCUCAGCGACAUCGAGACGGGUUUCAACCACGACCUGCAGGAGUUCCACGACAGCCAGUCGGAGGACGGCCUGCUGCGUCAGUGCGCGCGCUCCGACAUCAUGGGCAACCUGGUAGACUCGGCGUCACCGUUCCUCUUCCCCUGCACCAUCGAGUACUCGCUCAUCUGCGCGGCCACGCUGUACGUCAUGUGGAAGAACCUCAACAAGCUGAACACGGUGUACGUGAUGCGAGACGUCAGCAUCUCGCUGAGCGGAGAGAAGAACAAGAAGCAUCAGUAUUCGGUGGACUGCGCCAGAGCGUCCAAGGGCUUGUUUCUGGGCAUCCUGGUGCUGGUGGCCUCCAUCAUCUCUCUGAUACUCUUCUUCGUGCUCAUCAACAAGCAGGGCUUCAAGCAGACGGCCAUCGUCAGCGCGAGUAUGACGGAGCUGGUGCUGUACUGCGUCACCAUAAUGGCCAUCAUCAUCGGCAUGGUGCAGAUACAGCGACUCAGGUACCGAUCAGAGAGUAACAUCGAGCUGGACAACAUCCUGCUGGUGGUGGCGCAGACGGGCGUCUACCUGUACGCCUCCUUCAACAUCAUCGGCUCCCACUUCUCCAACGACCUGACGUCGCUCGGCACCAGCGUCAUGGCCAUCGCGCAGGUGACGAUGCAGACCAUGUUUAUCCUGGACGCAUCUUGUCGCCAGGCGUACCGUUCCAGUCACUUGCGUGACAAGCCCGGUCGUGAGGUCGUCACCUUCCUCCUCAUCUGCAACCUGGCCCUCUGGAGCAUCCACGUGUUCGAGACCUCGCGCUCGGACGCCCACCCCCACCAGCUGCACUUCUUCGGCUUCUGGGCGUGGACCAUCAUCAGCCACGUGUCGAUGCCGCUGGCCAUCUUCUACCGGUUCCACAGCACCGUGUGUCUGUGCGAGAUCUGGAAGCGCGCCUACAAGUACAAGCCGGAGUCUGUGUGACGGCGAGCCACCGUGGCCGAGCUGAGUGGACUGCGGGGUCGGCGUACUCGCUGUGUGUGCGCCGCCCGCGGUGCGCCCACCCGCGGCUACACGGUGUGAGCGCCCGCCGCGACCCCGACCGCGUCCCGACCGCGCCCCCGACCGCGCCCCGACUGCGCCCCGAGCAAGCCCCGACCGCGCCCCGACCUUUCCCCACACGCAGGGGUACGUCCCAAAACACCAGGCUGAGUGUCGGGCCUCCGUCCGAGUGAGAGCGAGUGAAAAGUGUGCAAUGUGCAAUGAUGACCGAAGGCAGCGAGUCUUCGGUCCAGAGACUGAGGAUGUUGUCCGAUUGGUCCGAAGAGCGGGCAUUGAGGACAUGGGCUGUCUUGCCAAGCUGUCCGACCCGGACAUGCCCCGAGACGGAUGAGAGCAGCUCUUCUGAUUGAGACUGAAAGUGAGGAAGUGAGAACAGUAGCAAGUAGCAACCCAACCGGUAGACUGGUGAACGAGAAGUGCGGACAGGAACCGUGUAAAUAGUCUGCAGCCCGGAGCCUGUGGGCAGUCUGUCCGGUCAAAGAUGAGAAUUGAGGACAUUAAGUGAUACUCGGCUUGGAGAUUUUAAGCAGUUUGACUGCAGUGUAAAUACAUGAUGGCAGCAGAGUUAGUCUGCGAUAUACAUAGACUUUAGACGUGUGCGCGUGAAACUUAACGAGCAAGUGUGCCGUGACGCAUUGCAACGAGCUGAAGUGAGAGCAUUUGUACACGAUCGUUCGUAGAAUCGCUACAGAUCGUUUUGAUUACCGUCUCUGCAUACAUACUUCGUUGAAAUUCGAGCUGUCUGAGAGGAUCUUGGCGAUAUGAGUGAUAUGUUUAUAAUAUGCCAAGCGUAGUAAACAUAGCACGCGACCUACGCAGUGGUCAAGCUGCAACGGGAUAGGUGUAUCAUUUGUUUGAAGAACAGUGGAGAUAUGCUGUUAAUAAAUGUAAUAAACUGAGAAAAUAGAAA